UUGGAGAUUCUUGUUAGGAUUUACUAAAUCAUUUAGAACGAAAACUUGUUUGUAGCCCGGUAUAUUUAAUAACAACAUGGCCGAGAACUUACGUGUACGUACAGUGAGUGGCGAUUCAAUUAAAACGUCAAGCGAAUUCAGCAUAGAUGAAGCUUUCAUAAAAAAGACUGGUCCAUAUUUGGAGGGAAAUAUGAAAUUACUGGAUACAAUUGAAACACCUGCAGAUGUGAUGUCAUGUCGAUUUAGUCCAGAUGGUAGCCAUUUGGCUGUGGGAUUAUGUGAUGGGUCAAUUAAGAUUUACAGUUCUUCCACGGGCAGCAUGCUUUAUAGCCUUAUGGACGAGGAAACCAUGUGUCAUCGACUGCCUGUCACGCAGAUCCGAUUCCGCCCACAUGCACCAGAAGAGAAACCCGAAUACGUCCAUAUCAUACUGGCUUCAUAUGCUUCAGGUCUUGUGAAAUUCUGGCACUAUACGACGGGGAAAUGUCUUCACACCAUCAAUGAAGUGCGCCAGACUCUGGCAUUAGCGGUGAAACCUGACGGGAGACACUUCGUCACGGCGGGAGCAAACACGCAGAUCUACCUGUAUGACAUGGAGACCAAGCAGAAGAUUCAAACCUGUGAACCCAGUGAUUCGAGAGAUGUGAUGAACGGUCACCGUUUCCGCGUGUUCGCAGCUCAGUACAAUGUUACUCACCCCAAGCUGUUUAUCACAGGAGGCUGGGAUGACACAGUCCAGUAUUGGGAUGAACGCCAGGUGCAUGCCCUGAAAAGAUUUGUUGGUCCACAUAUUUGUGGUGAUGCUCUUGAUAUUGAUCCAAUUCACAACCACAUACUGACUGGGUCUUGGAGAAAAAAUGCUGUACUGCAGAUUUGGGAUUUUCCAAAAGGUGAAAAAAUAAAGGAUGUUCCGCAAGAUACACUGAAUACAAGCCAGUUAUACUGUGCUCAGUGGCUUGGAAAGGACAGCAUUAUUUGUGGUGGUAAUGGUGAAAAUAUGGCACGGAUUAUUGACAGAGGAACCUUAAAUACGACGGGCCAGCUAGUUGACCUGCCUCAAGGUGUCUACUGCAUCGACAAUGACCGGCAGGGAAACCAUGCCAAGAUAGCCAUCGGCUGCAGCCACUUCAUCUUCCUGGUACGAAACGAAAAGAGGAAUGCUUGAGGUGAUGAUAAAUCACUGGAAAUAAGGGGAAACUUUAACAUUAACUUGAUCAGUCAGUCCAUUUUUGUAAAAGAAAACUCGUUCACAAUUAUUGCAAACUACAUGUAAACUAAUUUUAGAUAUAUAUAAAAAAAGUUUAUAUUAUUAUUUCUCAUAAUGCUGAUACACAAAAAACUAACAAAUUGUAUUGAAAUUUAUGUUUUAUGAUGAAAAUCGGUGUCAGAUAUAAAAUAAACUGGAUUUUAUAAUACAAAUUAAAGUGAUAUUUAUUGUAGUUAUGAACAUUGUAUUUUAAUACCAGUGUGUGAAAUAAUGAAGUUGUUAUACAUGUAAUUAGUUUCAUAAAGUGUUUGGAGAAACAAAAUAUUGAAUAAGCUGAAAUAAUACAAAAUAAAACUAGUUAUUGAGACCUUGCAUGCAGAAGAGUGUAGGUGAGAGUUGUGGUGCAGAACCAUCUUUGUUUUUUCAUUUUAUUCUUGGGAUUAUAAGAAAAUAUGUUUUUUUACAAACAUUGUUAUCGGUAACAGCACAGUGUGAAUAAUACUAAUAUGAAAUGUAAUGUUAUGUUUUCCCUUUUCUCAUUACAAUUUAUGAGAUUUUAUCGCUCUCUCGUGGAAGUUGAGUAGGCUUGACACUGGUGUUUUCGUUACUCAGAAUUACUGCAAGUCGUGUAUACACACUAUAAUACAUGACACAAACACUGAUAGCACUUUGACAAGACCAAGCUGGAGAACCUUUACAUCAAUAAAUAAAACCGGAAUGGAAACGGGAAGCUUCUCCACAAGACUUGCCAGAUGAAUACUACAUGCACAUGUAUGUCGUAUUAAACAUGGUUCAGGUGUUAAGAUACACGAUACCUCAUGUUAACCUGUAAAUUAUGUGUGAACACAUCUCUAACACAAAUGUGAUGUAAAUGUGUACAAUUAUUAACUGUUAAUUUAUCUACUACCUCGCCUACCAAUUUACCAUGAUGGUAAGGUUGUGCAUCAGAUUAGUAUUUAUACUAAAAAGGAAGGGAAAAGAGAGAAUGUAUAGAUAGUGAAAUACAAAACUAAAUCACUUUGCUUUACAAGUUUCAACAUUCCACAUAUGCUUUAAAGACUUAUUGUGUUUUUAACAUACAUGGAUCUUAUACUUUAUUUGCCUUGUUGUUAUAUUUAUGAUUGCAGUUUGUGAUACUUUUAUCAGGGUCAUUUGUGGAUGAACUCAUAGGCCAUGUUCAAAAGUUGUGUGUAAUUUGUUCUCAAUGAGAGUAAUAAAGGCUGUUCUCGAAGUGAUCACCUGGAGUGGAGUUCACUUGCAGCAUUAGGCAGUUUGCCAAAACAUGACAUGUUUCACAUCUUUCACUUGCAGACAUUUUUGUCUAAUUUUGUUAGAUGCAAAAUGCUAACUGAUAACAAUAUUAUUGCAAUCUUGCUAACACAAAUUAAUAGCUCUUUGUAAAUUUUAUUUCAUCAGUGUUGAAGUUCUGAACCAUCUAAAGUUUGAAGAGAAUCGAUGAACCAUUCUUAUGUACAGAUUAAUGUGCUUGUUUCAUAAAGAACAAUUAUUACACUGCAGAAAGAUUAUCGAAUAGUAAUUGGUUCUUGUCUAACUCAAUAACAUCCACAAAUGGCCCCCAGAACUGAGUGCCUAAGUUAUUUACAGAACAUAUUCCGUCCACAAGUUUUCUGUUAAAUUUAUUGGUUACUUAUUUUGUAUAAUUGGUUCUUGAUUUUGUUACUUUUUAUAUAGUGUUCUUUUGUCUUGAGAGUUAUAUUGAUAACAACAGAUACUUGUGCUUUCACAUUGUAGUGUUGGAAGUAACAUCAGUUACAUGUACCUGUAUUUAGAUUGUGCUAACUGUUUUAACUGCUAAUGAUGCAUUUAUAGGAAGUUGUAUGGACUCCGGUCAUAGCCUCUUUAUUUGAAUCAUUAAUUUUGCUCAUGUACAUUUUCACAGAGUAUGGUAUUCCACUGGUUGGAACAAGUUCAGGUAUUGGCGUGCAUGCAUUUUAGUCCAAUCAAUUUAUGUGAGGGAGUCAACCCACAACAAAUUGCAAAAGAAUUUAUUUCUUCACCAUUCACCAAACAUAAAAAAAAGUCUUCCAAAAUUCAAGUAGUGGAACGGUGCCUAAUUUGCAUAAAUCCAAUAUGACCACCACAAGAUUAGUCAUUAUGCAAUUUUUAUCAAUUUUCACCUCUAACCAAACUAAUUUCAGUGUUUCCAAUUUCAAUACUUUUAACAUUGUAUUUUUUUCAUAAUUUUUAAUAUUUUGUACAUUUAAGUCAAUGUUACAUGUAGAUAAAUAAUCGAAAAUGGUAUACAUUUGUAGAAUACUUCCUCUUUAUAUAUUGUAGUCAUGGUACAUUAGAUUAAUUUUAUGUUUGGAAAAUAAAACACUUGAAUUGCAUAUUACAAAAUAUGGUAAAAUAAAAUUAAUUCAUGGACAAGAAAAAUAUUAAUUCAUUUUGGAAUAAUUAUUAUCCAAGCAUAAUCUAAAAACCUCAUUUUGCAAUUACACGUAACAGCCUCUGGCAUUUCCUUUGAGGCUGGCUCCUUGUAUGUUAAGACUGGCAGGUACUUCUUCCCACUUCUUCAUACCAUUCCCAGUCCUCUGGAUUCCUGCGAUCUCUCUGUGUGUCAUCCACACUGCUGUUAUGUCAGUUAGACGCGCAUGCUAUGGACAUGGCAGUUCCCGAGGUUGGGGGAAGCACUGCUGGCUUCACACAAUAUCAUAAUGUACUUCUGCCUACCUUCUGAUAAAUGUAUUGCAGUUUAAGGACAUCCAGCUUGUCACCUUCAGAGCUUCUAGAAUGUUUAUGAAAUACACAAGCCAUGAGAUCAGUUAUUUUAAAACUUUACUAGCCACAAUUAAAAAUUCACAAGCCCUACUUUACUUAAGUUAAUACAAUUUUACUAAAUAAUUGAAAUAAUUAGAUAUGUCACCUAAAGAGGGACAUAGAGCUUAAAAACACCAACAUAAGUGGGUGGGGUGGGGGCAGUAUAUUCAUAAUUACAAAAUAGACUUAACUGCAGCAUUUGACCGAAAAAUUCACAAGCCGUCAGCCAUGACAAUAGUAGUUAUUUACUAGCCCAACAUUGAAUAUCACUUGCCAUGGGCGUGGGUCUACCAUAGUCUAGAAGCCCUGCACCUUGUAAGCAAAUUAUGGUGUUCUCCCAACUGCUAUUACGUGUACAUCUGUUUUUGUGCUGUUUCAUUUACUAAACACUUCUGGUUUGUGUGUCUCAGCUUCAGUCCAAGUCAUUUGUAACAAGGAUAGUUCAUUUAAUUGUUUUUAUAGCUGCAGCAGUGGCAAUAUGCAUACAUGUGCCUAGUAGAUGUGCAUAGUAGUAGAUAGCAUCUACCUAGACAUGUUCUGCGUAACACUGUGGUUUGUUACUCAAUAGAGUUAUAUGAUGAACCUUUGCUUAUUCUCUUUGAUAGAAAGAAAAUCUUUUUGUCCUUGCUCCAGCACACAUUCCUUCUCUUCGUUGCUGUGUUGUGUCCUUUGUACUUGGUUCUUAUAAAUGGCCAUCAAAUAACACUACUGAUCAACCAUACUGACUUGUCACAUAUCUAAUGUACUGCUGUCAUAUCUUACAACAUGUUGAACCCUGAUCCCACGCAAUUCUAUGUAACAGUGCACCUGCAUCUAACAUAUAUUGGAGGGCAGGACGUAGCCCAAUAGUAAAGCGCUCGCUUGAUACGUGGUCGGUUUGGGAUCAAUCCACAAUGGUGGGCCCAUUGGGCUAUUUCUCAUUCCAGCCAGUGCACCACAACUGGUAUAUCAA